ACGGCAGCGCCCUCCCCUGGCUCGGAAGCUGCGGAUGGGCGGGCAGCGCCUCCCGCCGAGGUGGGCGUGUUCGGCCAAACACGCUACGCAUGGAAACUUCUGCGAGCCUGUCCGCGGCGCUGGGUCCGCUCUGCCCCUUCGCCCCCUGGCUCUGGCAGGGCUGGGGACGUGGCUGGCAGCCCGCGGCUUGAGUUCUCCCGAGGGUCCGUCCCUGCCGCCAGGAGCCCCCGGGGUGGGGGGGACAGGGGCGCGCCCCCCACCAUGACUCCGCUGCAAGGCAAAGGCGAUAAAACGACCCCACGGCCUUAGCCAGCGCAAGCCCCGGCCGGGAGAGGGCCAGCAGCAGCCGCGGAGUCUCCCGGGGAGGGGCCGGGGGCGACAUGCCAUGGAAGGCCGGGACUCCGGACUGCUGGGCUUGGAGCAAAUGCUAGCGCCUUUCGGGGGCCGCCAGCAAGAGAGGACGGCUCGGCUGCUCCCGCGGAACCCCUGGCGAGGCAGCUCCGCAGAGCCAGAGCAAGAGGGGGCGGCGGCUGCGCUGCCUCUGCAGGAGCCCUGGGGCGAGCCGCCGCGGGCCGGAGCCUCCCCCCCGCCGGAGGAUGGGGAGCUGCUGCUGGGGCUGCGCCGCCGCGGCGGGCGGUCCCUGUCGCUGCCCGCUAGCCCCAGCCUGGCGGCCGCCGGGCUCUUCCCGCCGCCGGAGAAGGGCAGCGGGGGCUGCUGCACCAAGUGCAAGAAGCGGGUGCAGUUCGCGGACUCGUUGGGGCUGAACCUGGCCAGCGUGAAGCACUUCAGCGCGGCGGAAGAGCCGCAGGUGCCGCCCGCCGUGCUCUCCCGCCUGCGGCGCCUGCCCCGGGAGGAGUUCAGCGCCGCGCUCGGCCUGGGCUGCGGGGCCCGCCCGCCACCUCCCCCCCUGCAGCUCGUGCCCGACUUCCAGCCCGCCGGGGAGGUGGCGGCGGCCGAGCGGCUGCAGCGGGAGCGGGUGUGUCUGGAGCGCCUGGGCCAGCCCGCGGCGGCCCUGGACGUGCGGGGCACCGUGCGGGUGCUGAGCUGCCCGGGCCCCAAGGAGGUGACGGUGCGCUACACCUUUAACGAGUGGCGCUCCUUCCUGGACGCCGCGGCCCAGCCCCUGCCCGGCCCCGAGGGGAGCGACCCCCCUACCGAGCGCUUCCACUUCAGUCUGUGCACCCCGCCCGGCCUGCUGGAGGGCUCCGCCGUGCACUUCGCCGUCUGCUUCCGCAGCCAGCAGGGCGAGUACUGGGACAACAACGGGGGCAGCAACUACACCCUGCGCUGCUGCCGCCCCGCCCCCUGGGGGCUCCCCGCAGCGCCCAGCACAGACACCGGCCAGGGCGACCCCACCGGGCCCCUCUACUGAGCGUCGCCUGGGACAGCCGGGAACCACCCCAGCACCCCCCAAGUCUGGGGCCGCUCCUGCCUUCAGCUUAGCCCGGCAGCAAACCAGCAUUGCCUAGCUUGGGGGCAAACAAGCUACCAGCCAGCUAGCGCCUUGCAGGGAGCCUGAGGCCAGCCAGCCUGCGGUGGGUGGGGUGUGGUAACAAGCAGCCGGCUAUGAAUGUCCUGCCCUUGAGCAGAAAGCGACCACUGUGCCGUGCCAAGCCAAGCCGUCAGAGACCACUGCAGUGUCCCAUCCCUUGUACUUGCACCCUAGAACAACUCUGUGCCACUUUCCUGCUGCAUAGUCACUGGUUUCUGAGCCUUCCAUUAGAAUGUGGCUUGUUUUGUUUAAUUAAAGAGCUGACUGAUCCAGGGGCAGGGGCCUCUUACCAUCAGCCUUAAAGUUGUAGACAAAGUUAGGUCUGACCUGUUGGUUCUGGUAUUGUUAAUUCACCAUUUUUUGUAAAGGAAAUGAACUCUCAGGAGGGGCAAGAAGUCAGCAGAGUUUCCUCCCACAGACUUUUCUCUUUAAAGUUGGUUAAAGAGAACUGGAAACUAGUAUUUUUGUGACUUAUUUUUUUUUUUAAAGUGUAACUUGAAGAUGAUGGUGCCUUAUAUGAAGUUUCCUAUUUAAUACACUGAAUUUAAGGAGAGAACUUUAAAUCCAGUGUUGUGACUGUGCUAUGCUUAUGCAUUAGGCAUUUCUCUUUGGACUCACAGAUAAUGCAUGCACUUUCCCUUUUAUGGGUAUGUAGGCAUUUCCUAGAAACAGAGAUAGAUGUAGGCAAAAACAGAGUUGUCAUUAUGGCUUGCAGAAAUCCAACUCUUUUUUGAGAGGGAGAACUGGGUGAGGGUCAAUCCCCAACGCCCCCUAAUUCUUAGGUCUUGAUUCUGCAAACACAUGGGUUCAAAAAAGAAUUGGAUAAGUUCAUGGAAAAUAGGUCCAUCAAUGGCUAUUAGCCAAGAUGGGAUGCCAUCCAAUGCUUUGGAUGUCCCUAGCCUCUGAUUGCCAGAAGCUGGGAGUGGAUGACAGGGGAUGGAUUACUUGAUUCCUGUUCAGUUCAUCCCCUCUGAUGCACCUGGUAUUGGCCGCUGUCAAAAGACAGGAGGAUACUGCAUUAGAUGGACGAUUGGUCUGACCCAGUAUGGCUGUUCUUAUGCUUAACUUUACUCAUGUGAGUAGUCAAUAAGGCUACUCAAGCACUUAAAGUCAAGCACAUGUUGUUGCCAGACCGUGGAGGAAUGUAAAGGCUUGAGUUCAGUCAGCAGUCGUCACACAUUCAAAUGAGGGGCCUAAUUCUUUCACCCCCUUCCAAAACCAACAUAAUAUGACAGCAGACUUCCACCCUAUUGUUAAUUCAAUGGAGUCCAUAAUAUAACUUUCAUAUGUGAGCGCUUUCUGAUGUGUCCCAUCUUUGCUGCAGGUUUGGAGGCCCCGAAUGACAGAAAAUAUCCUUCUUUCCUUGUAAGUUAGUGCACUUUGACACUGUUCAAUGGCUAAUGCAGUUCCCACAUACCACAGCCUUGUUUUAUAAAGUUCAUGUGUAGCUCUGGCUAAUCUUUGUUAAAAUAGAGUCUUGUCUAACACACACACGUUACUUUUUUUUCGUAAUGAAAGAUCUAGAAAUUUAAAAUAGUGAUGGUUUUUCUAACAGUAUGUCUACGUUACAGGCACUAGAGCAGCACAGUUGCAGCGCUGCAGUCACACCUCUGUAGCACUACAGUGUAGGCCACGGGAUGGCCAACCUGUGGCUCCAGAGCCACAUUCAGCUCUUCAGAGGUUAAUAUGCGGCUCCUUGUAUAGCACUGACUCCAGGGCUGGAGCUACAGGCGCCAACUUUCCAAUGUGUGGAG